GAAGUUUCACUUCAGUAUAGCGUGUUGUAUAAUUACACGUUGUACUUUUUUUAGUGUUCUACCUUAUCCUAAGGAAUAGAUUUUACAAUAUUCGUAUUUUAUACUCAUAGAGGAAAUUAUUUACCUAACGGCCCAAUAAUGUAUCUGAGAUAGUAUUCACUCUUUUUUAUCAGUGAAUGCUGAACGUCAUACUCGAUUGUAGCAACACACAUCUGAUAUAAAAACAAAAACGAGUAAAUAUUGGAAAAUAAAUGAUAAAAUCACUUUAAAUAUCACAAUACCUUCGGUCCUAUCAGUUUAUUAAUAAAUCAGUCUCAUCUGAUCAUUUAACCUGUUAGUGCUAUUUUUUAUAUAAAACUUCUUAAUUCUAUUAUCCCAUUUCGCUGCUCCGUUGACGGUAAAGACUGAAUAAUAUUUAUCAUCCUACCUACUAAAAGUUUGCUUUAUUAACUCCAAAUUAAUUAAGGCACUCAGUACAUUCAAAUUGCAGUGGUCAGGUCACCAUGAGGUCAUUUUUACUAAAAUUGAGCAUCAUUUUUCUAACACAGUCGCACAAUUUAUCUGAGAGUGCAACCUCUGAAUGUACGCUAACUGGUAAUUCUCUGGAAAAUCUAACUUCAAUACUGGCCACAUGCAAAGAAAUCUCGAUAGCAAAUCUUCAAGUACCUGCUGGAGAAACGCUCGCUUUAAACGCCCAAAACGAUUCGAUUAUAAUCUUCGAAGGAAAUAUUACAUUCGGAUACAAAGAAAUGACUAGUCUUCUGAUAACUAUUCAAGGGAACAAUAUCACAGUUGCUGGAGCUCCGGGACAUUUACUUGAUGGUGGUGGUGCGAGAUGGUGGGAUGGCCUCGGUGGAAAUGGUGGAAAGAAAAAGCCAAAUUUCAUUGAGCUUCGGCUUGAAAACUCUUUGGUCAAAAACUUGAACGUAAAAAACAGCCCGAAACAUUGCUUUAUAAUAAUCGACAGCGAAAAUGUGAUACUCACUGAUAACAUAUGUGACAAUUUAGAUGGAGACACACAAGGAGGUCACAAUACAGACGCCUUCGCUGCAUUCAACUCAAAGGAUAUAACAAUUACGAAUUGCGUCGUAUUUAAUCAGGACGAUUGUUUUGCUAUAAAAUCGGGAAGCGGUUAUGUUUUUACAAAUAAUUUCUGUCACGGAGGUCAUGGAAUAUCAGUUGGAUCUGUCGGAGGACGUGCUAACAAUGUGGUCGAAAAUGUGUUUAUAAAAAACAAUACAGUUGUAAAUUCUGAAAAUGGAAUUCGUAUAAAAACCAAUUACAACACCACGGGCAUUAUUACAAAUGUUACUUAUGAAGAUAUUACCAUUGAAAAUAUUACUGAUUACGGUUUUCUUAUUCGUGGGGAUUAUUUGAACAGUGGACCAACUGGCGAACCCACACCUGGUUUCGAGUUAUCUCAUUUAACCUUCCGAAAUAUUCGUGGUACAGUUCAAAGUGGGGGAACUAAUGUAUACGUUUUGCUAUCCAAUGGGGUAGCUUCAAACUGGAUAGUGGAAAAUAUUAAAAUUGUUGGUGGACUCAAAAAGGAUGUUCAGUGUUUAGGAAUCCCUAGCGACUGCAACCUUUCCUGUAAAGACCAUAACGGUGGUCCUUCGCAAUAUCUCUCAUUAUCCUUGUUAAGUACUUUAAUAUUUCUAAUUGUUUUGCGAUAGUGUUUUCUUGUAUGCUGAAGAUAUUCAGUUUUCUUGUCAAGUAUUUUAAUAUAUUAAGUUGUUCUGCGA